AUGAAUCCAACAUUCCUGACCAAGAGUUCUGUUCAUGUAACUUUGGUAAUACAUAUUGUCAACAUUUACGUAGAAGAGCAUUCAUCUUCCGAAACAGAUUUCACUGUCUUAGACGAUGAACAGCUUUGCCGUUCUUACAUUCAUGUUGCCUAUGAUUCAGAGAAUCCUUGUGAACAAGAUAGUGAUGAAUUAUGGCAGAGAAUAGCCAAACACUAUCUUGAAUCUUCCGCUGAAAAUGCUAAGAAACGCACUAUUUCUGCCUUGUCUUACCGUUGGGAUUGCAUUGGCGAGUCAGUAACCAAAUAUCAUGAAAUUUUAACCAGAUUAAGAGAGGAGGAAGCAGGUGGCUCUGAGGACGAAUCAAAUGAUUCAACGGCAAGAAAUGAGAUGCCAAAACCCAAGGUGGCAAGAUUUGGUCAGUCUGUUGAUGAUUUUGAUGAUGAGGAGGUAGAAGAAGAGGCUUUUUCAACUCGCUCAGUUAAAACAGGACUGGAAAACAGCCAAGAAUCAGCCAAAAGAAAGAGUGGUGAUGAUAUUGAAAAGUUUUUUCUUACCCAAAAAGAACUCAUGAGAAGAGGUGAUGAACGGACUGAGUACCUUAAGGAAAGUAUAUUACUUGCCCGGAAAAAGCUCAAGAUUGAACAGGAACACACCUUAGCCAUAGAAAAGCAAACCGCAGUCCUCCGAAAAUCUCAAGAUAUUCAAAUCUUGUUUAUGAAUCCUUUGUCAAUUGAAAAUCUUGAAGACCGCGAGAUCCUUUUGGAGGAGCAACGGGAAAUCAGGAAGAGAGGCGUAGGAAAGGAACCUACCAGCAUAUUCAACAAGGGUGAUAGUAAUGAUGCCAAGGCUUUAGAUAGCAAUUAA